AUGGCCAAAAAAUCCAAACCACAACCAGAAGUUAUCUGUUUGAGUGAUGAUGAUGAUGACGGUGACAAUAAUAAUAAUAAUAAAACUAAACUCGAUGAAUCGAUUGUUACACCUGUAAAACAACAAUCAUCUGCCAUAAUUAAUGGCAAAGAUAAAACUGAUACAUCACAAAAAUCUGACUGGAUGGUACAUCGUAAAGAUAUAAUACGUAUACCUGAUUUACCUAUAAAACAAUCUGAAUUAAUCAAAAAACCAUAUGAAUUAUAUUGUUCAGCAGUACGUUUUGGUAUUGUUGAAUUUAGUGUUGAAGCAGAAACAAUUCUUAUGAAAGAUAUUGAAUUUGAAUUAAAACUUAAAAGUACUUUCAUGGAUAAUCUUAAUAUAAAAUUAGCUUAUACAGAUAUAUUAUCAUUCUUCUAUUCAUUUCAAUCACAACCACCAGCUGCAUUUAUUCAAGUUCGUCCAGAUUUUGCUGAUCUAUUUGCAACAUAUAUACCAUCAACUGAUGAACAUGGAAAACAAUUUGAUCCAAAUUCGAAAGAUGAAAGACGUCGUCGAAUUGUUUUAUGUUUAAAACAUUUAGAAUCAGAACCAGAAAAAAUAACUACAUCAUCAAUAUUCUAUUUUCUAAGAGCAAAAUCUUCUACAAUGAAUAUUUGUUGUAUAAAUGGUUCAAAAGCUCAAGAAAUUUAUAAUUUAUCUCGAUUUGCAAGAGCAUCAGCAUUAGGUUCAAUUACAACACCAUUUGUAAUCAAUGCUAAUGAUUUAACUCCAAAAGUUGUUGGUUUAAAUAAUAAUACAAUUCGAUUUGAUUUAUCACGUGAUGAUUUAAUGUGUUUGAAUGAGGGUGAAUUUCUCAAUGAUACUAUUAUUGAUUUUUAUCUUCAAUAUGUCUAUUAUGAAAAACUUUCUGAAGAAGAUCGUAAACGUACAUAUUUAUUUAAUUCAUUUUUCUAUACACGAUUAACAAGAAAAGGAAAUGAUGAUAUUCCAAAUAUUUCUCCAGCUGAACGACGUUAUAAUCGUGUGAAACGAUGGCUUCGUGAUGUAGAUAUAUUUUCGAAAGAUUAUCUUAUUGUACCAAUUAAUCAAACAGCACAUUGGUAUAUUGUACUUAUUCAAUUUCAUAAUAAUGUUCCAACAGAAGGUGAUUUAAUUAGCGAUGAUGAUGAUGAUGAUGAAACACAUGAAAAUCAAUCAAAUUCGAAGAAAAAAAAGAAAAUUAUUCAACAUUCUAAUGAGGUCCCUUCUAAUAAUGGUACUACUACUGAUGGAGAAUCUUCAAUAACGACUAGUCAUCGAACGGAAGUACUUGACGAAGCUGAUGAAAUUACAACGAACACUGAUAAUCAUUUAAAAGAUGCUCAUUCUAAAAAUCGUUCUCAAACACCAGCAAUAGUUUUAUUUGAUUCAUUACAUGCUGGUUCAAAAAAUCGUGUUGCAGCAACAUUACGUGAAUUUCUUCAACUUGAAUAUGAUCAUAAAAAACCAUUACCAGUUGGAUCAACAGCACGAAAAAUAUUUAAUUUAGAUACAAUACCAACUAUUGAAGCUGCUGUACCACAACAACCAAAUUAUUUUGAUUGUGGUUUAUUUAUUUUACAAUAUAUUGAAAAUUUUUUUGCUCAUCAUCGUUCAUCAACAAUUAAUUUUCAAUCACCAUCAACAUUUGCAAAUUGGUGUGAAAAAACUAUUACAGGUCCAUCAAAACGACAGCAAAUAUUUAAUAUUAUCAAUCAACAUGUUAUUACAAAAGAAAUGUGA